AAACGCACCAGCAGUGUCGUCCACCGAUCGACCAAGAAAAACACCGACCGAACAUCCAAGUACAAGUACACCACUCGCUACUCUUGAAAAUUGUAGGUGAUCGACUAUAGCUGGUUCGAUCGAUCGAGCUGAGACGACGAUGGCCGCCGCCGUGAUCUCCAUCUCCUCAAAGGUGGCUGCACUCGCUGCACUGUUCGUGGUGCUCGCCAUGUCCGCCGAGGCGGCGAGCCCCAACGGCGGCUGGCUGGCAGCCAAGGCCACAUGGUACGGCGCGCCCAACGGCGCAGGCCCUGACGACAACGGUGGCGCGUGUGGGUUCAAGAACACCAACCAGUACCCGUACAUGUCCAUGACGUCGUGCGGCAACGAGCCGCUGUUCAAGGACGGCAAGGGCUGCGGCGCAUGCUACCAGAUACGGUGCCUGAAUAGCACCCACGACGCUUGCUCCGGCAGAGCGAAGCGUGUGAUCAUCACGGACAUGAACUACUACCCGGUGUCCAAGUACCACUUCGACCUGAGCGGCACGGCGUUCGGCGCCAUGGCCAAGACCGGGCUGAACGACAAGCUCCGGCACGCGGGCAUCAUCGACAUCCAGUUCAGGCGGGUGCCCUGCAACUACAAGGGCCUGAGCGUCAACUUCCGCGUCCAGGUGGGUUCCAACCCCAACUACUUCGCGGUGCUGGUGCAGUACGCGGGCAAGGACGGCGCCGUGGUGCAGCUGGACCUGAUGGAGACCAGCAAGGCCACCGGCAAGCCGACGGGGGUGUGGACGCCGAUGCGCGUGUCGUGGGGCGCCGUCUGGCGCCUCGACACCAAGCGGCCCCUGCAGCCGCCCUUCUCGCUGCGCGUUCGGAACGGCUCCGGCAAGACGCUGGUGGCCAGCAACGUCAUCCCGGCCAACUGGAAGCCGAUGACCGACUACCCCUCCAACGUCCAGUUCCCUAAUUAGCCGCACGCGCUGCAAUCGCCCAGAUCAUUGUUAUUCGAUCGUCCCAUUAUUAGUUAUAUUGCUUAAUCAUGUGUUGUCGUUCGUUCCAUUAUUUAUGUAUAUGUAAAAAAUGUGUGGUCGUUGUACGUACUACGUGUCUUGAGAUGCGUGGGAUAAUGGAGGAGGCAAUGUGAUCUCCCGCCCACGAUCGCAACAUUUGAAAUAAUAACAUGAUGUUUAUUUACGAGCUA